AUGGCCUCACUCGAAGCCGCCAUCGACGAGGAGAUGAGAGAGGUUGUUGCGCUCCUGGAAGGCAACCAGAGACCCAGUGGACGUCGCGCUGAGAGCCCAACUGCGCGCGCGCAAAGCCCUGGUUCGGCUGCUUCGCCCAUCCGCAGCAUGUUGGACGUUGAUGCGCCCGCCCAGCGCAGAAGUUCGAGCCGUGGAAGCACCGGUAUUCCAUUCGCCAUGCCCUCAUCGCCGCGUCGCGUAAAUCCCGAAUCGGCGUACAAGUUUGAAAUGCUGCCCUCCAUCGACGCACAUGCCAUGCCCAAGCGGGUGUCGCAGGGCGGCAAACUGGAUACCGCUGCGAAGCCUCGCGCCAUGUCGUCUGUAUAUGGGAACUCGACCGGAUUUCUUGCCUCAUCCAACUCAAAAGACAGACACAACUCGGUGAAUGGACCCAUCGCCAGGUCAAAGUCUGGUUCUCCAGGGCCUGGAAGAUCUGCUUCGCCAGCGACGCGCAUGCUAAGCCCGACACCACCCACCUCUGCUUCACCCAACACCUUUGUCACAGACUCAGGCAAGCGCAUCGACAUGGAUACCGCAUACCGCAAACUCUCCGACUCUGCUUUGGCCCGCUCGGAGGGUGGUCUAUCCUCACUUCCCAAUCGCAAAGGGUCGGAUCCUGCUAAAGGCACUACUGCUGCCCCCGGCGGAGGUGUUCGCCUAGCUACCGACGACGAUGGCGAAGACAGUGCUGCUGUCGAAAGUAGUGAUAACGGUUCGGAUAGUUCCGACUGGGAGGAUGGGUGGAGCGGCGGCACGAAGAAACGAGAGAGAGGCAGGCAGCGGUCUAGAAAAUCUUCUGUAGGUACCGACAGUAUGGGGAGAGAAGUCAUCACUGCUAAGAGCUUGCUGGCUGCGGCGGAGCAAGAGCGGCGAGAUGUAGCCGUUUCCUACAAAGUGCGAUCAUUACUUGAUCCGAACAUCAGCGUCACCGGUCCUAAUGGCAAACUGUCAAGAAAGAUUUCAUCUGGAGUCGUGCACCCUCACACGAGCUUUGACCAGGGCGGUUCCGGCCUCUCGACUCCAGUCCAUUCAGACCACGAAGAUGAGCUUGCAGAAAUCAAAUCCGCUCAACAGCUCUCGUUGAAUAUCUCGCCUAUCCAAUCAAACCCAGACGCACACCGUUGUGUCCGGCAGAUUAUAAGAGGUGACUAUGUGCAAUUUGCAGAGGAUGCUACCAAAGGGCUCAGAAGACAGCGUGUAUACCUCGUGUCCACUGAUCUCAGCGACGAAGCUGCAUACGCUCUAGAGUGGACAAUCGGCACAGUUUUGCGUGAUGGCGACACUCUGUUGGCAGUGUAUGCUGUCGAUGAAGAGACGGGUGUUGCAACGACCGAUGCUACUGGCGCGCCUAUCAGUCAAGGGACUACCGGAAGACAGGAGUCGGAUCAUUUGAAGCGAACGUUGUCCAACCAUGACGGGCUACCAACAGCACAACAAGGACCCUCCGCCCUGUCCAACUCACUCAUGGCAACAGAGGCAAACCUCAAAGCCAUGGGAAAAGCCGAGAGAGACCGAUAUCAGGCCUGUGUAGAAGUAUCGGAUCGAUGCGUAAAGCUGUUGAGGAAGACACGUCUUCAAGUGCGUGCUGUGGUUGAGGUAUUCCAUUGCAAGAGUCCCAAGCACAUGAUAACCGAGGUGAUUGACUUUUUGGAGCCCACGCUCGUCAUUCUUGGUUCGCGUGGCCGGAACGCUCUCAAGGGUGUUUUACUCGGAUCUUUCAGUAACUAUCUUGUCACUAAAUCAUCGGUGCCAGUCAUGGUUGCACGGAAACGCCUUCGGAAACACAGCAAGUACAAACGGCAAAACGUCCGAAUGUCCAACGUAAUCGCAGGCUCCAAUGAUAGGCUCGCGAAUGCAAAGAUCGACUAG